AUCGCCAAAAUCAGGGGGAAAAUUGGCCUUUGAGUCCAAGUUUCGCACGGUUCCCGAACAAGAACUAGAGUCGAACAGUGCGGCACAGGAAGCUUUACAGCGCAUGCGCAAAAGCCUCAGCCUUUCCGAUACCCCGGAUGUGCAACGUUACCUUGUGAGCCUACGGAUGGCAAAGACAGCGGUAUCUGUAUAUGCCGGUAAAAUGGCGCCCGGCAAGAAAACACGUGAGAAAGACAAGGAUCGAAAUAGCAAAACAUUCGCUGUGACUGUGAGGAAGGGUGCUGGUAAAGGUAAAAAAGCCGGCUGUGUAAAGAAGUCCAAGGAAAAAAUUAUCCCGAAGAAGAAGCUGAAGAACCAAACGGAGAAAUGGAUAGAUAAUGUUAAUGACGACUUCAGCUCAUUGCAGCCAGAAUUGACUCUACCCAAAGAACAGCUUGAUAAACAAGUCCCCAAUAACACUCAGAAGCAUUUACCUGAGAAUCUGAAAUCAGAUGUAACUCAGGAAGGGAUGUCAAAUACAAUUGAAGAUAUGGCAAGGCUGCUUUGACAACAAACUUCUAGUCAACAUGACAGCAAAAAGACAGGAAUAUUGUGAGGAGCUGUGGCGUUAUAAUUCCAAAACCCCCAAGUAGAAUUUCAAAAGAAGAUGCUGACGGUGAUAGCACAGAAUAUCCUUUCUCGAAUAACCCCGAGUAAAAUUUCAAAAGAUGCUCAAGAUUGUCAGAUAACAUAAUGUCCCAUCUCGAAAAUUUAAAAAGGAGGUGAGCUUUAUAAUUGAAGAGCUGUAGUAGGCCUCAAAUUAUAAGGGGGAAACAUGAUACAGAAACUUUAAGAAAAUAUGGUGCGAAUGCACUCAUGCCCCUACUGGUCAUUUAUGACCUUUACCUCUUUUAGAUAUUGGGCGGCGGAUGCCCCAGUGCCCUACACACUACUACAGCCCGAACUAAUGUCUGUCACGGUGCAUUUCUUUGCCAAUUGUAAUUUUCAAAUAGAAAUUGGGGGUCAGUGAUUUUAACAAAGACCUGAACAGUU